UCUUUCACUCCACUCCAUCUUAAAGCCAGAACCGUUUCGGUGUCGGAUGAUUUAAGGACAUGGAUUAUUAUUGAUCAUUUGCAUUCACGAGUCACAGAACUCGUGAUGUGCUCCCGCAAAUGAAACUUCACUUCACAGAUGAAGUGUGUGGACAAGAAGCAGGAGGCGCAUCUGCUAAAAAGCGGCAGCUGCGAGGGCAGACCCACCGUGGAAGCACAUGCCUUGCGCUCCGUGACCAGCUCAGCUGAGAGUUUCUGGUUGGAUGAGUCCGUUCGCCAGGCGCUGAGGGGCCAAGCAGGACCAGGGUACUCAGAGGCUCAGCAUGUGGGCUGCGAGCAGCUCUGCCGAUCGCUGCAGCGGUCGCAGCAGAAAUUGGAUGCGGAGCAUCAAGUUGCGACAGCCACGUGGGGUGCCCCACUGUCCCUCUUCAGUGAAUCUGCACAACAGCGAGCCACAGAGAGUGGCGUGCACGAUUGGGCUAUCCUCACAGUGAUGAAGGCCCGACGUCUCGUCGAGGAAGCCGCCGGCCUGGGCGAUCUCACAGAAGUGUACAAGGCACAAAUUCUCACGGCGCAACGUGAGAAGCGGAAGGUCUUGAGAGAACCCUUGCUCCGGCACUUGGAGCGCCUCGACGGUCUGGCGGAGGAGUUGCAAGCGCAUCAGCCGUACCUUCGUGCCGCAAAAGAUGCCUUCAGCAGACCCAAGGCCGAUGCGAAGGCCGAGACAGGUCUGCCAUCUUCCCCUUCCGUCAAGAACCCCACGCACGAGAAGGAGUCUCCGGUGGUGAUUCUUCAGCCACGUAGCAGGCCACUGAUGUUCGGCUCCCUGGGAGCCAAGCCGAAGGAGUACAUGAUCCGAUUCUUGGAAUCUGCCAUUGAUUUCGUUGGGGCUGCUGCCACAGCCACAGGCAUGAGUGCCGACGUUCAGUCCGCAGAGGCAGAGAACGCUGCAACCGAGGAAGCUGCGCCGCCGGCGUCCACGGAAGUGGCGUUGCCGGCGCUGGAAACAGCUGUAGGCACCAUCUCCCAAUGGCUUGAUGUCAAGGAGGCGAUCGAAGAAUCGCCGCCCAGUCCAAGAGAGGUUGACUGGACCUCUGCUCAGCUCCUCUGGCAGCGCUGCCGCCGCAAGAGCGACCGGCGCUGGACGCUGGCCUGA